AUGGACGUCCUCGACCUCGUCAACGACACCAACCAAGUCGGACCUGGCCACGACUUCCUCGUGCGCCCCUUCGUCUGCAAGUUUGAGAACUGUGACCGAGCCUUCGCUCGCAAGAGUGACCUCGCACGUCACUUCCGUAUCCACACAAAUGAGAGGCCAUUCGUCUGCGUUUACCGCGGCUGCGGGAAAGCAUUCAUCCAGCGCUCUGCGUUGACUGUCCACACCCGUGUUCACACCGGCGAGCGACCUCAUCACUGCGAGACUUGCAACAAGGCGUUUGCAGACUCCAGUUCACUCGCUCGUCACCGCCGCAUCCACACCGGCAAGCGCCCUUACGGAUGCAAGGUUCCGGGCUGCGGCCGCCAGUUUGCGCGCCGCAACACCUACCUGAAGCACUUCAAGCGCCAACAUCCCGACCUCCCUCCUCCCACAUCGAGCUCUGUUCGUGCGCUCCACAUACCCAACAUGGGCUCGCGUCCGUUUCUCAGCUCUGCCGGCUCCGUUCCACCGUCCGGCAGCGACAGCAACGACUAUGGCACGCCGCCAUCCAACGCCGCGCCCCCCCACGGCUACGCCGCCUCUCACCCGCCAGAGGGCGCGGCGUACUCCUACAGCGGCGGGUUCGUCAACGGGAUGCUCCACUCCUCCCAACUCGCACCCAGCCAAGGAGCCGGUCUCCACCCCUACUUCCACCCCAGCCACGCCGACCCCCAGGGCCAUGGCCCGCUCUCCCUGCUCGCCCACCCGGGUGGCGGCUCGGAGCAUGUUCAGAGUGGCCAAACAACUCCGGGUGAGCGUCCCGACGUCCAGUACCCGCAGCCGGGUGGUCAGCUCGGCUUCAAUGGCGCACCGCUCCAGCAGAACGGCCUUGGCGUCCCAAACGGUGACGGCGGAGACCAGUCCAUCUUCUCGUACCAGGACAACUCGGUCCCUCGCAUGCCCGGUCAAGUAGGCGGCCCCAUGGGCAACGCCAGCUUCCACUACAAGCCUGAAGGAGGGAUGCGCCCCUUCCAGUCUGAAGCCAGCAUGAUGCAGCAGACACCGUGGGGUCAGGUUGGCGGCUUUACCGCAUCUCAACUCUCACUGCCUCCUCUCAACUCGGGUCUGCAGCCCUCAUACCAGCAGCAGCAGCAGGGCGGCUUCCAGCAGCAGAACCCCGGUGACGUUAAGAACGAGCCCAAGCCCAGCCACUCGCCAGUGUCGGACCGCGCCAACACCCCCGACGGCCUCGUUGACGUCAACGCCAUCCCUGCCAUAAAGUACCCCCCGUCCAUGCCCUCCUACCCGCCUAUGGCCACAUUCACUGGUCUCACGCACAACCACAUGCCCGCGCCUCUGCUUCCCACCAUGCCCGGCGGGCAGCCAACCCUGCACGCGGUGCCACCGCAGAUGCAGCGCUUCCACUCGGCCCCGAUUGUCCCAACAAUCAACAACAACGGGUGGAGCAACUUUGAGCAGUUCAAGGCGACGACGCCAGGUGCGCCAGGCGCUCCCGGCUACAACGACCGCAUUCCGCUUCGCCGCAUGCCCAUGGUCAGCGGCGAAUGGCAGCAGCCGCCACCGCCGCAGCCCCAGCCGGUGGAGGAGGGCAGCCAUGAGGCCUCGGACGCCGAGUCGGCCUCUGUGAAGAGCGCCAAGACUCCCGGCAUGGCACCGCGCGUGCCGGAGUGGAACCCCAGCCCCAACUUCCACACGGUCCGCGGCGUCACCCAGUUCCGGUACGACUCGCCGGGCUCGGCCGCGUCCGCUUCGUCGAUGCUCAACACGGCCCAAGCCCAGUCAUCGUUGCCGCCCAUGACGUCGUUCAACAACAACCCCCCCACGAGCUACUUCCAGCCCAACGCCCCGCAGGGCUGGAGCAUACCCCACAAGGACCAGCCGUUUGUCGCUCCCAACAUGCUCGCCCGCCAGCCGUUCAUGCCGCCGCACAUGCAGCACCAGAACAGCCAGGACAGCCAGAUGUCGGUCGCGUCCGACAAGCUGCCGAUGGGCCGCGACCGGCAGGCCAGCGGCGUCUCGUCCGUCAACUUUGGCCUUGAGAACGUCACGUUUGACGAGGCUGACGGCUCGGGCGACGAGGACGACAAGCCGUGGCCUCCGUCCGCGGUCGGCUCUCCCGACGAGGGCGAAGAGGAGCUCGACUCGGAGGACGAGGACGGCGCCGGCGACGACGACUCGGACGACGACUAUGUCCUUGGCGGCAAGCCGAAACGCAAGAGCAGCGGCGGGAGCGGCAAGCGCGGGCGCGGCCGCGCCAUCCCGCGUCCUGCUGGCAGCCAGCAGCCGCAGCGCCGAGUGCUCGCCUAACUGCCUCCUAGAGCCACAUCACCCAUCAUCGUUGUACCGGGUCCCAUCUUCAGACACCUCCGCAUAGUCCCGCAUGCUCGCUCGCCCAUUAUCACGACAUUUUGGUUUCCUCGGUCACCGGCUCGGCGCUCGUCGCUCGUCCUGCCGCUCCCCUCCAUACCCCGCCAUCGGCGAUACCCGCUUCAACAGUCAUACCGUUCUGGAUCCCUGGUUGUCAACUCCCACGCCCAUGGCAGAACGUGCCAUACGUAUCUGCGCUCCGGUCAUAGCUCGCUGUUUAUUAGUAACGAAUACCUGUGAUGAGAAAUGUCAUGAUUGAUAACAAGUACCACCCUCGGAGCAGUGUGCAGGCUUGGUGGUCGUGCCGAUGGAACUUUUGUUUGCGACGCGGAGCUGAGGGGUGAGACGGCGCACGGCCGUAUUGUGGAGUCAGUGCAGUCAACGUUGCGUGAGGAGGUU